AAAUAUUUAACCUUCUUGUGGUUGGGGGAUAGAAGGUUGAAACUGUCAGGCAAAUAGCCACCAUCCAGCAGAAAUGCUUCUGAAUGCUUUAGUGAAAGCCAGCUUUGAUUUGACAGUUAUGAGGCUUUGAAAAUAGCGCUGUGUUUAUACAGCACAGUAAAUACUUUGAAGUGCGUUAGGCUGUGCUGUACAUGCGUGGCUAACUAGAGGAAUAUUAAAUGCCUACAUCUUGUGUUGAGUGAGGGAGGAUCCUGCAGCAAUUGGAAUUGCAUGCUCCUCGUACUUUUAUAAGAUCGUGUCAAAGCAGUAGAUUUGAUAAUAGACCUGAUUAUACAAUUGCUUAAUUUCUUGUCAAAAUAACAUUUUUACAUGCAGCGUUCUGAGAUCUUUGAGGUGACCUCAUGUUAUUUAUCAAAUGUCAGUUUUUCAUCCCAGCAGCUUUGAUAUAAUCAUGUAGCAUCGUGGAGUACUGUGUACAUGCAGUUUUUGCUUGCUGGAGUUCUUUGAAGUGCCUUACUCCUUAGAAGAGUUAUUGCUGUCUGGAAGAUCCUACAUUUAACGACUGGGAAACCAGUAUGGAAUCGCUGCACUGUGUCACUGAGGGUCAUGCUGCCUCUGCUGUGCCUAGUGUGGGUCUAAAAGCAGAGAAAUAAGAGGUUCAGCACACCAGGGACAAGCACACCCUGGCACACAUUUUACCCAGCAGUAAGCUGCAGGGGAUGUAGUAACUCUUCAGCUGUGCUCCCGUGGGAGUGCCGGGCUUGUGGCAUUGAGCUCCCCAGGUGCCUGAGAACAGCAGGAGGCCUCGUGUAAAGAAGCAGAGCAGAGGGAUGGCUGGUGGUGACAGUCCUGAACGAAAACUGGUCUGGCAGGCACUGCUGGAAGGUAGUGAUGCUCAGGGGAGCCUUGGGAAAGUGCUCAUUUGGGAAGAGAGGGACCAGAGAGCUGUAAAGGUGAAGGUUAACAUGAAGGAAGGUGUAUGGCUCGCCCCCAGCAAUUCCGACUGGUGUCGUGUGUCAUGUCCCCUUGCAGCAGACUGGGGAAUUACUGCUUGCUGUAGCACUGGGGUUUUUCACAGAGGAGCUCUGUCCUGUACUGACCCAUCCCAGUCCCACUUAGCUUAUGAAAACUGACAAGAUUGCAGCCCAAGGAGUUACGCCUGAGGAUUGCUUCCUAUCUUUCAUUCUGGAAGCCUAUUGAAGGGGGCACCAAAAGGGAAGAAAAAGCACUUGGGUUUUUUUCUGUGCUGAACUGAUUGGUGACUUGUUUCUCCCAAGUCUUCUGUUAAAGCAGUGUGGUGUUAAUACUUGUAGAAGAACAAACUGCUGUCUCCUUGGUCCUGUCUCCCCAUCCAGUAUUUCAGCAUAUUUUCCCCAAGCCCCUUUCAACAGAUUAGUUUCUAGAGAAUGAGCUGCUGGCAAACUCGAUGCAGGUGUCUUUUACCUGUGGUUGUUCAUGCUGAUGUCCCUAUUUAAAUUUUUGAAAAAAUAAGCCCAGAAAAGUAAGGGGAAAGAGAUUGCCUGUGGCUUCUCCUAACUCCUGAAAAGUAAAUGAAGUUUUGACAGAAGCCAAAGCUAUGAAAGCAGGCCAUGGAAAACUCUCAUUACCCACUGGACUCCUGCAUGCAAUGCUGACUGAUGCUAAGGCUAUUAACUGUUAACCUGAUAUGGAAAGCAGCAGAAGCCUGUCAUAUAUUAGGAAAACACUGUUAAAAUGUUUCUUGAAAAAUCCCCUUAUUGCUCGAGAUUUUGAUCUUUAUCGGUGUUAAGAAUAGCUGGAACGUCACAGCAGCCCAGCUGGUGCUCAGGUAAGCGACGCUCCACGUAGGGAGCUCCAGACUGCACUUGUAAAGUACACAGAGUGCUCCCAGCACAGCUAACAGAGGUGGAACUGAAGUGAGGUUGGCAGCUGUGCUAGAGUGUGCCAGGGCUGAGCUGAGGUCAGCACGAUGUCGUGACAGGGUGUGUGGUGGCAUCCCCAGACACCCCGGCUGACCCGCACCUGCCAGUGCCACUGCUGCUGGUGAAGCUGAAAUGGCAGGAACACUGAGGGGAAGUGUUCAUCAUGUUCCUGUACAGAAGCAGAUAGUUGCAGCUUAGGCUUUGAGGGUUUUUUUUAAAGGAAUUUUUCUCUUGGCUUUUUCCCCAGACUGAUUGCUGGAACCGUGUCAGAAUCUGCCAAGAGCUUGUUCCAGUCCCAAGUGAACCAAGUAGUUCAAGUGUUUUUUACAUAAUGGCAGAUAGGAAAUUGAAAAGCUCUCAGUGUUUGUCUUUGUACACCUUGAGUUUGAUCACCAGCGUCCAUAAGUGUCUGUCUCCUCCACUACUUUAGGGAAGGAGUUGUACAGAGUCAGAAGUUGUCUAGGACAGCCAUGCAUCCCCACUGGAUUAAUAAUGCACUGAAGUGUUGUUAAAUACAUAGAAAAUAACGUUUAGUGGACAUAUAGUUGUCUGUUUGACAAGAAAUGUUAGUGUUAUUCACAACUGAAAAGUUAUGCUUGUAAGAGUUGCAGGAAACAUGUCUGUUGCAAAAGACUAUUUUAGAAUGAUUUUUUAAAGUACCUAAAAAAGCUGAUUACUUAUGCAGCCUUUAUAUCAUGGCUACUGUUGAUUAUCCAUGUACUUGUUAGAAGGAAGAGAAUAGUUGCUAGAUUUUCUCAGAAAAAAGGGAGAGGACACUUAAUUCUCUGAGCCUUUGGGUUUGUAUUGUGCUUUGUCAGUGAUUGUCUUCACUGUCCAUUUUAAGGAUGUAGAGCAAAAGGUUGAAUUUUCUGUGGCCUUUGUUGUGUUGAAUGGACUUCAGGAAAGAUCUGUUCUUUGGGAAAGGUCCAUGUGUGUGGUGAUAGGGGCUGGGGGGGAGGUAUGGGAGGAAGAGUGUCUGUACAGACAGUCUCUUAUUUGAGAGAUGUUGUGGAUGGGCAGGCACAGGUAGGCUCAGCAGAGCUGCAUUGUGUGACCACACUGUACUGCAUUUCCAUGGGCCUGAUUAAAUAUUCUCACAGUUUCUCGGAGGCUUAUCCUGUGGUCCUAAAUUCUUACAUUAAAUGGAGCAACCCAAGGGAACUUCUCUCCAUGUAAUGGCAUAGAAUCUUGUGUGCCCUUCCCCUGUCUGUGUCUAUUGCUCUUCAAGGAGCUAAUUUUAGGCGAAUCUGUCUUGCUCAGCCCCUUUCUCUCUGCUUCAGGGCUGGGGAUAGUAAUGGGCAAUAACCUACUCAUUUGGAGUUUAACAGAGAGAUGCUUACACACCACAUGUGCAGGAGAAGGUAUUUUCCCUGUGGAGGUUGCAAUGCUGCCUGGUGGAGAUUGUGUAGCCUCCACAUUCAUGUCACCUAAACUUAUUUUGCUACAAGUUCUUGAUUCUUCUGUUUACUGAGAGUAAUUUCUGGUAUAAAACUGGGAGCAGAGAGAUAAUGCUGUGUUGACUUUGGAAUAGCAGUGAUUUCUCUGAUGUGGUAAGAUGGAAUUCUCUGGGAGACUGUGAAAACUUUGCAUAUAAUUUUUUAUUGUUAUGGCAUAAACAUAGGAAAGUCCAAACUGUUUCAGGGUAAGUUAGGACCAUCUAGAAACUGAUGACUGGCUGUGAGUUGCUAUCUAAUCACCUUAGAUGAACAACUUACCUCUACCUAUCUUUAGGUAUCCAAGUUACCUAUCUGAAGGUACCUGAGGUAUUUUCUGUCCUUGUUUAAGAAAAAGGGUAGUGGGACCUGGCAGAAGAUGGGCACAAAUGUAUUUCAAUAAGCAUAAGCCUGUCCAUGCCUUUGCCAUCAGUCAGUGCUGCCUCCUUUGUGCCAGUGAGCACAUGAACACCUAGCGGGAUGAAACAGGAAAAUUGUCUCCUGAAUAUUAUUCAUAUCUUAUCUGGAGUUUGUUUUCAGCUGUAUCACAAGUGCUGGAAGGGAUAGAGUUGGAUAGGUUUAGGCUGGUUGAAGUUGCUUUCCUGGGUCCAGAACAGAGCUGGUAAGCAGAAGGUAAGGUUGCAUUUUUGACAGACCUAUUUGAAUGGUGAUGGGGUCAAUCCUAGUAGUGUGACAGGCAUGUGCUUUAUCCUGGGAAAGGAUGAGGAGGACAGCUUUUGCUAGGAGGCAGAGGCAGAUCUAAGGGUGUAUUUACUAGCCCUUGGUAGAGAGCCCUAUCUAGAAAUUUGGACUGCUUCAUGGGAUCAAAGAGUCUUGUGUCCCUGUAUCCUCAAGUGUCAUAGGGAGAUGUAUGGGAUGUAGAAUAUUCGUGUCAUUUUAUCUAUUUGCUUUUACAUGAUCGUAAGGACGUCUGACAGCUCAAUAAAAGCUUUGAAUAACAUGCCCUGUGUCCUCCUUGUUUCCCAGUUGCUCUCCUUAUCAAUGAGGUGUGUAACCAAGUACUUUAUUAAACAGCAGCUUAUUAAAAAGUAACGUGCAGCUUAGCUGCAAGUGUGUAAAAUAAGCAAAUGCUCAACAAAACUGGUAAGCGCAGCAUGUGAUGAAAACCAGUAUUUUCCAGUUUUCCAACCAGUUCUUGGGUGUAGUGGAGUCACCUUUUGCCAGUGCAGCUAUUCUCCCUCUCAUGUGGUUGAAUGAGGGUCGGAGAAAUUGGAGGUGCCCUUCCCAGUAAAAAUGUGCUGAAGGAGCGCGUUGGCUGAUUCACUCACUGCCUUGCCCCACCUCUCAGGUCACACAGGGAAUCCACUGGUGGAUGCACUUACAGAAGUUUGCUUCCUGGUGGCUGUCAGGAUCAGCGGUUGCUCAAAUACCUCCUGCUGCUGCUAUUCUUGGUUGCCCUAAAGCUUCUGUUCCUCCCUGAGCAAUCUCUUAUUCCACUCUCUUUCCUUCCUUACCCUCUUUACUGUCACAGAUACAAUUCAGGGUGCAGGCUCAGCUUGCAUUCAAAGUUAUCAUUUGUUUUCUGCAGCAGCAGGUCUCCAUCCUUUUUUCUUUCUCCAUGCUGAUUUUGAGCUCUCGCCACCCUCAGCCCAGCACAGACUGACAGUCUCAGAAAGGCCAUGGGGAAAAUAGCAGUGUGCUCUUUCUUGUAUGCAGAGAAAGGUUUCUUGCCUUUAAUGCUUCAUGUCACAGUCAGGCCACAAGUCUGAUACUUUUAUCUACUUGGUAUGCCUUUAUUUCAUCUCUCCACAUUCUCCUUCUCAAAGAGGGAGAAAAGACUGAAGUGAAUCAGUGAUAACUGCAGCUGUUCCUGCUGGAAUAGCCAUAAAGCUGUACACCUCCAUGUACUUGACCAUUUGUCAUGAUCAAGCUUUUCAGCUUAAGGCCAUAAAAUAAGAAUUUGCUGGUUUGAAUUUUUUUUUAAACUUUCUAUUUACAGUACAGUAAUAUGGUAGCUGGUUUGUAGAAGUACAGGGGGUCAAAAUAGUUAACUGAAAGGUAAACUAAGAUGUGUCUUUGCAUCUUGUUAGUUGAUCUGUGGUAGCUGUUUUUGUAUGCUCUCAGCCUUUUGCUCUUAAAUUCACUGUGGAGCAAACUGCCUUGUGCUGACAGGCCUAAGACCGUGCAGGUGAGCAGCAGUGAUGGUACCCUAGGGAAUGGAAUUGCAGUGCAGUAACUGGGUGUCCUAAAGGAUGGAUGAUGCCCCCCUUGCAGUCCUGAGCUAUGGUCUGCAAGGAUGUCCUUCCCUGCAAAGCUCAGAUUGAAUGUUUCAAGGAAUAGAGCUCUGAGCAAUGUUUGCGAUAGGUUCUCUCCAUCCUUAUGUGUGCUGGUGUUCACACACCUUUCUCUUGAAGGGAAAAAGUGAUUUCUGUCCCUGCUUUGGUAGAGGUGUGUCAGUACUGGCACUGGCAUGGCUUAGCCUGUAUUGUUUCAUUGGGUGGGGUGGGGGAAAGGGGAGAGGAGAUAUAACUGGGUAAUUGGAUUCAGGGAUGAUUGUGCUGCUGUGGUGAGUUUUACUGGAUAAAGCAGCUUGUUGCGAUAGGUGUUUGUUUCAGCUUCUGUCUGCAGGUGUGACUUGGCUAGAUAAGGAUGGUCUAUCAUGUUGAUGAUUUCAUUGUUUGAUUUGGCUGGUCUGGGUGGAGAAUGUAGCUGUAUUGUUUGGGACUAGCUUUGUAGUUUGGUUUUGUGAAGUGGAUUACACGGCAGCACAUUGCUACAUUAUUAAGGUGAAGCUGCAGUAGAUAAUAGUUGUAGGAUGUUGGAGGGAAGAGAAUAUGCACAGGCUUUCACAAUGCGUUUUUUUUUGAGCUAACUAAUUGAGCCUCCAGCUCCCCUGUUUCUGCUGGGAGAUCUGGUCAGCAGAAUGCAUUGGGAUUACACAGAAAAAUUUUGGUAGUGGUUUCACUUUGCAAUUGUACUUUAACUGCAAGGCUGUCCAUGCUGUGUAAAUAGCUGAGAGUGCUCUGAGAUACCACGCUGGCCCUGCCAGUGUGAGUGUUGUCUGGAUUCAUACUGUUCUUGCAGCCUCUACAGUUUUCACAGUGGGUGAGGGAGAAGCUGGCAGGUCACUGCUCUUUUUUUACUAACCUCAAAUUUACCAGUAAACUGUUCUUCAGAGCCUGCAUUUCCUUAUAUUGCUGAACUUUCAGGCACUUAAAUUUGCUUUGGAUUCCCUUCUUCCUGUAGGGUAUGCAAUGAUGUGAAGUUGGAGCUGCCAGAGCAGUAGAUAGUGCUUCCUCCUUCUAAAACCUUCCUGGUUUUCCCCUAGAUAUGAUUGCCUGGCUUUACCUGAUACUUGAUGUUUCUGUUUAUACAAUGUCUGGCUGUGGAGGAGGUUGCAUAUAUGAAGCACAAGGGUUUGGCAGGAGCUGCUGGGCACAUUGUAAGGGGUUGGUGAGCCUUUGAAGAGAGGUGGGUGCAGAGAAGGGAAGGUGACAUGUCCAAGUUUUGUGCCAGCUUCUCUAAGCACACAUGAGCUCAUGGGAAUACAGCUGGCUAAACAUGGGAAUGCUACAGCAGGUCUGCCCUAUUUCCCCUCUGUGGCCAGUGUGGAUCUUCUGAGUCUUCCAGUCCGAUGGUGGCUUCUUGUGUGCUGAUAAAUCUGAGCAGAGGCUUCGUGGUUCAGAGCAACUUUUGAUUUCUCUGCUUCUGUGGUUGAAUGCAUGGAAGGGGGUGCACAGCUUGGCUGUGAGUUUUUGUUGGUGAAACUUGUCUUCUUUUUCCAGGUGACUGUUUUUUGUGAGACGAGUGGUUUGCAACUCAUGGCCUCCACGAUGAGUACUGCAGUGUCGUGACACCAGGGGUCUUGUGUGCCCUGGAGAUGCGAGACUUCCCCUGGGCAGCAGGAGGCACGCAUCUAGAGAAUGCUGGAGCUGCAGGAGGGAAGUGCCCAGUGCAAAAGCAGCGAGGAGCAAAGAGAAAAAAGGCAAGCAGGCAGCCAGCGCUGAGAGAAGCGGGUGGCAGAAAGUGCUUCGACGCUGCCUCUGGCGGCACGCUCCCCAGAGGAACUUGACGAGAGCCCAUCUGCGUGUGUGUGAGACUGUGAGCUCAGGAUUUCUGUCAAUGCAUUCCAGUAACCCCAAAGUGAGGAACUCCCCGUCAGGCAACACACAGAGUAGCCCCAAAUCAAAGCAGGAGGUGAUGGUCCGUCCCCCUACAGUGAUGUCCCCGUCUGGCAACCCUCAGCUGGAUUCCAAAUUUUCCAACCAAGGCAAACAAGGGGGCUCCACCAGCCAAUCCCAGCCCUCUCCCUGUGACCCCAAAAGUGGAGGUCACACCCCCAAAGUGCUCCCGGGCCCGGGUGGGAAUAUGGGGCUGAAGAAUGGGGCUGGAAAUGGUGCCAAGGGGAAGGGGAAGAGAGAGAGGAGCAUUUCGGCAGACUCCUUUGAACAGAGGGAAGCUGGGACUCCUAAUGAUGACCCGGAAAUCAAAGACUGCAAUUCUGCUGAUCAUGUGAAGUCCCAGGAGUCUCAGCACACACCACACUCCAUGACUCCUUCAAAUGCUUCAGCCCCAAGGUCUUCCACACCUUCCCAUGGUCUGACUGCCACUUUGGAGCCAGCAAGCGGGCAGAAGACUCCAUCCAAAGUGGUUUACGUCUUUUCUACUGAGAUGGCCAACAAGGCUGCAGAAGCUGUGCUGAAGGGACAGGUGGAAACAAUUGUGUCCUUUCAUAUCCAGAACAUCUCAAACAGCAAGGCGGAACGAAACACUGUACCCUUGAACCCCCAGAUCACUGCACUUCGGACUGAACCCAAGCCCCUACCACAGCCCCAGCCCCCUGCUGCCCAGGACCAGAACCCUCCCCAGAACGCCAAAAUGCAGCCGACUCCACCUGUGUCAGCACCAGUAUCCAAACCCACUGGCCCUCCAUGUCCCAUAGAUCAGGACAGUCCCAGUGUGGAAAGCAAAGUGAUGUCUGUGGGCAGCCCUGCCAACUCUACCCCGUUGCAGACAGAAGGAUUUGGGCAGAGUUCAACCCCCAAUAAUCGAGCAGUUAGCCCAGUUUCCCAAGGUAGCAAUAGCUCUGCUGCAGACCCCAAAGGUCCUCCCCAGCAGGGGUCUGGUGGGGACCCAUCCAGUUUGGGUGAGAAUCCCGACGGACUGUCACAGGAGCAGCUGGAGCACCGAGAGCGCUCGUUGCAGACCCUGAGAGACAUCCAGCGCAUGCUCUUCCCUGAUGAGAAGGAGUUUGCAGGAGGGCAAAGUGGGGGGCCACCCCCAAAUGCUGGAGUGCUGGAUGGUCCCCAAAAGAAACCCGAAGGGCCGAUACAGGCUAUGAUGGCUCAAUCCCAAAGUUUAGGCAAAGGGUCGGGGUCUCGGACAGAUGGAGGGGCUCCGUUUGGCCCUCAAGGACACAGGGACAUGCCUUUUUCCCCAGAUGAAAUGGGACCACCACCAAUGAACUCCCAGUCAGGAGCCAUAGGCCCAGACCACCUGGACCAUAUGACUCCUGAGCAGGUGGCCUGGCUUAAGCUGCAGCAGGAGUUUUAUGAGGAGAAGAGAAGGAAGCAAGAGCAGGUGGUUGUGCAGCAGUGUUCCCUGCAGGACAUGAUGGUCCACCAGCACGGACCUCGUGGGGUGGUCCGAGGUCCUCCCCCUCCCUACCAGAUGACCCCUGGUGAGGGCUGGGGACCUGGGGGUCCAGAGCCCUUCCCUGAAGGCAUGAACAUGGCACAUUCUCUGCCCCCCAGGGGCAUGGCCCCUCAUCCCAACAUGCCUGGGAGCCAGAUGCGCCUGCCUGGUUUUGCAGGAAUGAUGAACCCUGACAUGGAAGGCCCCAACGUCCCGAAUCCCGCCUCACGGCCUGGGCUUUCAGGAGUUAAUUGGCCAGAUGAUGUGCCAAAAAUCCCAGAUGGCCGAAACUUCCCUCCUGGUCAGGGUGUCUUCAGCGGCCCUGGCCGAGGGGAGCGAUUCCCCAAUCCGCAGGGCCUGCCUGAAGAGCUCUAUCAGCAGCAGCUGGCUGAGAAACAGAUGGGCCUCCCUCCUGGUCUGAACAUGGAAGGCAUCAGGCCCGGCAUGGAGAUCAACAGAAUGAUGCCCUCCCAGAGACACAUGGAGCCUGGGAACAACCCCAUCUUCCCUCGCAUGCCGGUAGAAGGACCGAUGAGCCCCUCUAGGGGGGACUUUCCAAAAGGAAUACCCCCACAAAUGGCUUCUAGCAGGGAGCUGGAGUUUGGGAUGGGCCCUGGCAGCAUGAAGGGGGACAUGGGCAUGAAUGUCAGCAUGGGCUCUAACCCACCCCUGGUCCCUCAGAAGCUGAGGGAGGCAGGAGUUGGGCCGGAAGAGAUGAUGAAGCUGCGCCCUGGUGUCUCGGAGAUGCUCUCCUCUCAGCAGAAAAUGGUGCCGCUGCCGUUUGGGGAGCACCCGCAACAGGAGUAUGGCAUGGGUCCCAGGCCUUUCCUUCCCAUGUCUCAGGGCCCAGGAGUUGGUCUCCGGAAUCUCAGAGAACAGAUUGGGCCUGACCAAAGGACUAACAACCGGCUCAGCCACAUGCCGCCACUACCUCUCAAUCCCACCAGUAACCCGAAUAGCCUCAACACUGCUCCCCCUGCGCAGCGCAGCCUCGGCCGCAAGCCCUUGGAUAUCUCCGCAGCUGGUCAGGUGCAUUCGCCAGGAAUCAACCCUCUGAAGUCCCCCACGAUGCGCCAGGUCCAGUCUCCCAUGAUGGGGUCUCCCUCGGGGAACCUCAAGUCCCCUCAGACACCCUCCCAGCUGGCAGGAAUGCUCGCGGGCCCCACUGCCGCAGCUGCUGCUGCCUCCAUUAAAUCCCCCCCUGUCUUGGGGUCUGCUGCUGCUUCUCCUGUCCACCUCAAGUCUCCGUCUCUCCCUGCACCUUCUCCUGGAUGGACUUCAUCUCCGAAGCCUCCUUUGCAGAGCCCUGGGAUUCCCCCGAACCACAAGGCGUCUCUAACCAUGUCUUCUCCGGCCAUGCUGGGGAACGUGGAGUCGGGUGGUCCACCUCCUUCCACAGUCAGCCAGUCUGCUCCUGUGACUCUCCCUGGAAAUCUUCCCUCUAGCAGUCCUUACACAAUGCCUCCAGAGCCAACCCUCUCCCAGAAUCCCCUCUCCAUUAUGAUGUCCAGGAUGUCCAAAUUUGCCAUGCCCAGCUCAACACCGCUCUAUCACGAUGCCAUCAAAACUGUGGCCAGCUCAGAUGACGACUCCCCUCCAGCACGCUCCCCAAACUUGCCACCUAUGAACAGCGUACCAGGAAUGGGUAUUAAUUCUCAGAAUCCUCGAAUUUCAGGUCCAAACCCAGUGGGUCCAAUGCCAACCCUUAGCCCAAUGGGAAUGACCCAGCCUCUUUCCCAUAACAACCAGAUGCCCUCUCCAAAUGCUAUGGGACCCAAUAUACCUCCUCACGGGGUCCCCGUGGGACCCGGCCUGAUGUCACACAACCCAAUGAUGGGGCAUGGUUCCCAGGAGUCUCCAAUGGUACCUCAAGGACGCCUGGGCUUCCCGCAGGGGUUCCCUCCCGUACAGUCCCCUCCACAGCAGGUGCCAUUUCCACACAACGGGCCCAGCGGUGGACAAGGCAACUUUCCAGCGGGAAUGGGCUUCCACGGAGAAGGACCUCUGGGGCGUCCUACCAACCUGCCCCAAAGUUCGACAGAUCCAGCACUUUGCAAGACUGGAGGCCCUGGCGGUCCAGACUCCUUCACUGUUCUUGGAAACAACAUGCCUUCAGUUUUCACUGAUCCAGAGCUGCAGGAGGUGAUCCGUCCUGGAGCCACGGGAAUACCCGAGUUUGACCUGUCCAGGAUUAUCCCAUCGGAGAAGCCUAGCCAGACACUACAGUAUUUCCCUCGUGGGGAGGUGCCGGGCCGCAAGCAGCCGCAGGGUCCCGGGCCCGGCUUCUCCCACAUGCAGGGGAUGAUAGGAGAGCAGACCCCGAGGAUGGGACUAACAUUGCCCGGCAUGGGGGGCCCCGGGCCGGUGGGAACUCCGGAUAUCCCUCUUGGCACGGCUCCGUCCAUGCCCGGUCACAACCCGAUGAGGCCGCCGGCCUUCCUGCAGCAGGGCAUGAUGGGGCCGCACCACCGCAUGAUGUCACCAGCACAGCCCGCCAUGCCCGGCCAGCCCGCGCUCAUGAGCAACCCCGUGGCCGCCGUGGGCAUGAUCCCGGGCAAGGACCGAGCCCCCGCCGGGCUGUACAGCCACCCGGGCCCUGUGGGGUCACCUGGGAUGAUGAUGUCAAUGCAGGGCAUGAUGGGACCCCAACAAAACAUCAUGAUUCCCCCCCAGAUGAGGCCCCGAGGUAUGGCUGCUGAUGUUGGCAUGGGAGGAUUUAGCCAAGGCCCUGGAAACCCAGGGAACAUGAUGUUUUAAGCUGCUACCAUAAGACUGGAUGUUCUGAUCCUUGUCAAGAUGAGAUUCCAAGUCCUGAGGGCUUUUUUGGGAGCUUCAGGAGUAUACAGUUUGGCCAUGCAAUAGGUGAAAAGAGACCAGAGGACACUUUGGGAAAUCUCGAAUGUAUGGAAUUACCUGAAAAAAAAAAAAAAAAAUAUUCAUUUUAACAGGUUGUUUUUUUUUUAAGAUUUAUUUUUUAAAAAUUAUUUUUGUGGACUUGGGUAUCCCGUGACGGCACCUGCUUUGAGAAUCUGUAGCUGUAUUUUGAGAAUUGCCAUUUGUCACAAGUUGCACCAUUCUCUGUAUGUUUACGUCCUUCGGACUGGCUUCUCCCA